AUGGGUAGAGAUCACACCACUAAACAACAUAUCAGAUCAGGUCACAGAACCGCUCCAAAAUCAGACAAUGUUUACUUAAAAUUAUUAGUCAAAUUAUAUUCAUUCUUAGCUCGUAGAACCGAUGCUCCAUUCAACAAAGUUAUCUUAAGAUCAUUAUUUUUAUCAAAAAUCAAUAGACCACCAGUUUCAGUUUCAAGAAUCUCAAGAGCUUUAAAUCAAAAAGGUGCUUCAGAAAAAACCAUUGUCGUUGUUGGUACCGUUACUGAUGACAACAGAUUAUUAGAAUUCCCAAAAACUACUGUUGCUGCUUUAAGAUUUACUUCAGGUGCAAAAGCAAGAAUUGUCAAAAAUGGAGGAGAAGCAAUCACUCUUGAUCAAUUAGCUUUACGUGCGCCAAAAGGUCAAAACACUUUAAUUGUUAGAGGACCAAGAAACGCUAGAGAAGCCGUAAGACACUUUGGAUUUGGUCCUCAUAAAGGUAAAGCUCCAAGAAUUCUUUCAAAAGGUAGAAAAUUCGAAAGAGCUAGAGGUAAAAGAAGAUCAAGAGGUUUCAAAGUUUAG